AUGUACGAGGCCUGCCUGCGUUCGCUGCGCGUCGCUGUGGGGCAGCAGCAGCAAGCCAUUGGGCUGCUGCAGCAGCUGCUGCCCUGGGGGGCCCCCCUCACGCAGCAGGACCUCGGCCUCCUCCGCCGAGCAGCAGCAGCAGCAAGAGAGGCCAUUCUCGCCGACGCUGCUGCUCACCUUCCGGGGGGCCCCCGCACCCGCAGGGGCCCCGACCAGGGGGGCCCCCCCCCGCGCCCCGCUGCCGCACCCCCUCCAGCAGCAGCAGCAGCAGCAGCAGCGGUGGCGCCUGCAGCAGCAGCAGAAACUUUUGCUGCUGCUAGCGAAAGGCGCUCGCAGUCUUGCCCCCCGCCAAGGGGGCCCCAGGGGGCCCCGGGGGCCCCGGGCCCCCGAAGGCCGGGGGCCCCACAAGAUAGAGCCAGGGCCACAACGCCGGGGCCCCGGGGGCCCCCCAGGGGCCCCCAAGGGGGCCCUAAGAACCCCCGCUUGUCACAGGCAGCAGCAGCAAGGGCCCGCGGGGCUGCUGCUGUUGCUGCUGCUGAGAGACGCAGACUCAUGGAGCAGCAACGAGAAAGAAACAGAGAAUCCUCGAGGCUUGCUGCAGCAGCAAGACAGACACAAAGAGCCAGCGCCAUUCCUCGCGCAGCAACGCCAGCAACGACGCCUGCAGCAGCAGCAGCAGCACCAAAAGCAGCAGCAGCAGCAGCAGCAGCAGCGCGCACGGCCAGACCUAGCAGCAGCCAGCCAAAAGCAGACAUGCAUUCUGAAGGAGAAGAAACCUCAGUCAACUGGCUGCCCCAGGCCCGAGAGAGCAGGGGCCCCCAGGGGGGCCCCCUGGGGGCCCCUGUUGUUUCUUGA